GGACACCAGCAGAGCUCUCUGCCAGCAACAAGACAUAGCAGUGCGGGCAUCUCAUGUCAGUGGGCGUGUCACGUACUAGAGACAUUUCAGGCACAAAGUACAUUUGGGGAGUGUUCCCCAGUAGCUGAGCUCCAGUCUGUCUCAUUUUGGGGCUCAUUAAACAAGUGGGGGGUGAGGGCGGAUCAAUGAAAGUGAAUGAAACAAAAAGCCUGCAGUAUCGCUCCGCCGCUGCUGAGGGAAUGUAAUACUGGCUGGGUGUGUGUCCUAAUAUGAAAGAGAACUAUAGGGGAGCAGCUGGGUUUGGGGGAAGGGGGCCGGGCGCACAGACUCACACACAGACAUGGUGAGCAGGACAGACGCAGACGCACGGAGGGGACAGACUCUCACACACACACAGCAGUCACAGCGGAGGGGCAACAGCAGCAGCAGCAUCUCCAGCACUGGCGGCGGCAGCUCAGACACAGGCGCUCACUGACACACUGAUACUGAGACUGAGAGCGCUCCUCACUGCUGUCUCCUCCUGUCACACUCUGCGGUAUUGAGGUCUCUGUGUCUCUGCGGUGAGCGGGGGAGCCUUGCUGUAUGCGAGUCGUGUCAUCAGUGCGGAGUCGUGUGAGACUGGCCCUGCCUGCAGAGCCCGGAUGGAUGUGAAAGAAGCAGAAGAGCUGGGCAGCCCCCAGCCAUUGGCAGUCCAAGCCUUUGCAAGUGGAUCUACAUUACAUGGCCUUGCUCACAUCUUCACAUAUGAGCGAUUCUCCUGUCGAAGGCUUAUCUGGAUACUGUGCUUCCUGGGCUCCUUAUCUCUCCUGCUGUUCGUCUGCACAGAGAGGAUCAUCUAUUACUUUGAGUACCCACACGUCACCAAACUGGAUGAGAUUGCUACUCCUAAUAUGAUCUUCCCAGCCGUGACCUUCUGUAACCUCAAUGAGUUCCGAUUCAGCCGUGUGACAAAAAACGACCUGUAUCAUGCAGGGGAGCUACUGAGCCUGCUCAACAACAGGUACGAGCUCCCUGAUUCGCAGUUGGCUGAUGAGAACGUGAUGGAAAUACUACAGGAUAAAGCCAACUUCCGCAAUUUUAAGCCUAAACCAUUUAAUAUGCGGGAAUUUUAUGACCGAACAGGACACGACAUCCGUGAGAUGCUUCUCGGUUGCAAGUUUCGGGGAGAGGAAUGCAGUGCCGAAGACUUUGUUCCAGUCUUUACCAGAUAUGGGAAGUGCUAUACUUUUAACUCUGGGCGCAAUGGACGGUCUCCCUUUGUGACCACAAAAGGGGGCACAGGGAAUGGAUUAGAACUGAUGAUGGACAUUCAGCAAGAUGAGUAUUUGCCUGUUUGGGGAGAGACGGAUGAAACAUCCUUUGAAGCUGGAAUUAAGGUUCAAAUUCAUAGCCAAGAUGAACCUCCUUUCAUUGACCAGCUGGGGUUUGGUGUGGCUCCUGGAUUUCAAACCUUUGUCUCCUGCCAAGAACAACGGCUAACCUACCUGCCCCCUCCAUGGGGCGACUGCAAAUCCAGCGCAAUGGACUCUGAGUUCUUUGAUACCUACAGUAUCACUGCCUGUCGGAUUGACUGUGAGACCCGAUAUUUAGUGGAGAACUGUAACUGCCGCAUGGUGCACAUGCCAGGAGAUGCUGCAUACUGCACCCCGGAGCUGUACAAGGAAUGUGCUGAUCCAGCGCUUGAUUUCCUGGUGGAGAAAGAUAAUGACUUCUGUGUAUGUGAAACUCCAUGUAACAUGACCCGCUAUGGGAAGGAGUUGUCCAUGGUGAAAAUCCCCAGCAAAGCAUCAGCUCGUUACCUGGCCAAGAAGUACAACAAAAGCGAGCAGUACAUAGCGGAGAAUAUUUUGGUUCUGGAUAUCUUUUUUGAAGCCCUAAACUAUGAAACUAUUGAACAGAAGAAAGCAUAUGAGGUAGCUGGACUUCUGGGUGACAUUGGAGGACAGAUGGGCCUGUUUAUCGGAGCAAGUAUUCUGACUGUUCUCGAACUCUUUGAUUAUGCCUACGAGGUACUGAAAUACAAACUCUGUGGAGGAGCAAAAUGCAGGAAGGACUCAAAGCGCAACAACAACGAUAAAGGAGUAACGCUGAGUUUGGAUGAUGUAAAGCGCCAUGCUCCAUGUGAAGGUGUAAGAGGUCACCCAGCAGGAAUGAGUUAUACAGCCAACAUUCUGCCUCACCAUGCAGUGCGUGGUGCAUUUGAGGACUUUACAUGCUGAGAUCACAUCUGAGGACAGACGAGAGAGCAAAGUCUUCUUCUAAAAUUGACCAAGAACAUGAACCACAGAUGAAAGAGAGUGAGAGCCCAAGAGUCUUUCCCACAGCUUACACAACAAAAAUCAUCCAUUGUAAAACAAAAAGAAAGGAAACUGAUCAGCCUGGAGAGUGUGAGACAACUUGACUCAAAGUAAUACCUAACUGAGCGAGAUGCUUCCUUGGGAGCUCAUGACUACACUUUGAAGAAAGAGAAUACCCUAAAAGAAACCUUUCAGAAUUACAGCGAUCAUGCACAAAUUAGCAUAUAUAUACUGUACCUAAAGACAGCCCAAAAUUCCAGCUAUUGUUGAGCUCUGAGUAUAGUAGAAACCUAACAUCAGACACAAUAAUGACCAUACAUUUAUGGCAUGGCUUACCAAACCCAUAAAUAAAUGAUUGCCAAAAUAACUAUGUGCUGAGUGAGGCAUGAUGAUACAAAGGAAGAUAAUGUUGGAUGCCUUACAAAAACAUAACCAAAAGCAAGCGCACAAAUGUAGUUGUGCCAAAUCCACAACGAAUGCUUAAAAUGGCGUAGCUCAGUGAGGCUUGGGAAAUAGCUCUGCAUAUCAAAUAAGAUAAACAUUGACUACAAUACAUAAUGCAGAAAUAGCAACUUUCUUUAUUAAAAUAAAAACCUCUUGGGGACUGAGAAUUUUGUGAAAAAGAAAAGAAGAUCCAAGUGAGAUUGUGACUGUGGAAUUAAGGAGAUCAGGAAGGUCCAUGUUAGGAGAUACAUGAUAUGGGGACAGAUAUCACAUCAUCUAAAAAAAAGAAUGUCUCUUUUACCAGGGAAUAUAUCCCAUGCCCAGUGCUCAAUGAAUGAAUCUUUGGUAUAUUAAAAAGUAUAGUAAAACAAAUAUUGAGAACUACUUAUACAAAGAAAACAAUGUUAUCAUGUACCAAGUUGAUAAUCCAACAGAAGGUAGCUAAAAAGACAGAUUUAGAAAGAUUACAAGGAUUCUAACCCAAAAAAAACUUGCAAGGAUUCUGCACUUUACAUUUAAGAUGGACGUCUGAGGAAAAAGUCAUGAAGAUACAGCAAAUAAAGGCACUGGGAACUUUGGGCAAUACAUGUUAAAACCAACUCUGAUCUUCAGGCCGCACCAUCCAUUGCAACGGAUUCCAAAAUGAAUGGUUUCCUCCUGAAAUCUGUGCUUUGAAUUCCUUCAACCUUUUCUUUCCCAACCAUUUUUUGGCACGGAAUUGUUUGUCUCCUAGAAGCCUAUAGUCUCCACUCUAAUCAAAUAGACUAAGAGUUACAGUAUUUCCUUUGAUACCUGUGAUUUCUGGUAAGAUAUUCUUGGAUGUGUAGCAUGAGCUGUUCAGAUGUUCGAAGAACUCUAUUGAUACCUUUAACACAAAUUUAAUCAAUUUCCAUAUAAUAAGGCCAAUGUAUUAUUAUUAUUAUGGAAAUC